AUGUCGCAGAAAAUGCCAGAACCACUGCCAGUCUACACUCAAGACCCUCUGCCCGAACCCGAGGUCCCAGCAGCUGAGCCACCACAAUACUUACGUCGCACUGCAUCCCAAGAAGCCGCCAACCUCAAAUCACUCAAGGCCUGGGCAGAGAAACGCGACAUGAUGAAUGGCGGUGGCUACAUGGAAACCUUCCACGUCGGCGGCAAGACGGUAACCAACGGGCAUGUCGUCGAGGAAGAUACCACAUCCAAUCCCCACAGGUUUCCCUCUGCAGAACAGGAGAAGCAAGCACUUGCACAAGACGAAGCCAGGUCUUCUCGGCGCGACAGUAACAGCGACGACCGUCCAGGUGUGGGAAAACGUCUCUCGGGUUUCUUGAAGAGAAUCAGUCCGGCAGAGAGGUCGAUGCAGAAGGCCAUGGCGAUGAGUGCUGAAGAAGAAGAAGCCGAGAUGAAGAAGUAUCCCAUGUCUGAGGGUACGUACGGCUGGGAAAACUAUGACCCGAAAUGA